AUGGCGGAAGGCAACCACAUGUUUGACGAAGUAGCCGACUCGCAUGGCAAAUACGACUCAUCCUUCAGCUCUCGAACAGCAGACCCUCAAACACUGCGACAUCGACUGACGGAUGCCAUCAUCGUCAAAAGCUCACCGGAUGCUUACUACAGAACUUCGCUUCUUGUCGGACCCGACAUUGCCCCUUUGCCUCUGUCAAGACGGACGUGGGGUCCCUGGACUUUUGUCGCCUACUGGCUGAGUACCGCCAUCAACCUCGGCCAGUGGGGCGCUGCAAGUGCACUGUUCAGUCUCGGUCUCAAUGUCUGGCAAGCCAUCAUCUGUGUCGUCCUCGGCAACCUCAUUCUCGCCCUCGCCCUCGUCUUGGCCGGCUUGCCCGGGGCAGAAUGGCAUAUACCCUUUGCCGUCAUCGCAAGAGGCUCGUGGGGCACACUAGGCGCAUACUUUCCUCUCAUCAUUCGCAUCAUUCUCGCCAUCAUCUUCUUUGGCGAAAACUUGGUAUUUGGCGGCUACAUGCUGCGCAUCUGCAUCGGAGCCAUCUGGCCUUCCUUCUAUACCUUACGGAACACUCUGCCGGACAAUGCAGGGAUCACGACUUCGCAGCUCAUUGCGGUCAUUGUCUUUUUCGUUCUUUCCUUGCCGGCCAUCCUUAUCCGACCGGAGCGGUACAAGAUCCCAUUCGCAGUCGCCACCAUAGGCGUCACACUCUCGAGCUUCUCUCUGUUGAUUUGGGCACUUGCAAAGCAGGGUGGCGGUGGACCUCUGCUAAGUCGACCGUCAGAGCUCUCAGGCGCUUCAGAGGUACCGACGGGCAGCGAGCUUGUCUGGACCAUGGUCUACGGGAUCUCCUCGACUGUAGGCGGAGCAGCAUCUGCUGCACUCAAUCAAAGUGACUUUGCACGCUACGCCCGCAAGCCGCGGGAUCAAAUUGCUUCGCAACUAUUCGCAGUUCCGUUCACCGCCAUCAUCACUUCAGUCAUUGGCCUCAUUGUCACUAGCGCAGCUGCGGGCUUCUACCCUGAUCGGCCUCUGUUGUGGCUACCCUACGAUCUGCUCGAGGCAGUCCAGGACGAAAGUGGCGGCUCCAGCGGUGCGAGGGCAGCCUGCUUUUUCGCCGCCGUGCCUUGGGUUAUCAUUCAGAUGUCGCUCAACACUGCGAGCAAUGCUAUCACUGCAGGUAUCGAUCUCUCCGGCCUACUGCCGACUGUCUUUACAAUCAGGCGUGGUGCCUUCCUCGUCGCGUGCGUUGGACUCGCGUACAAUCCAUGGCGACUUCUGAAUCUGCCCAAUACCUUCAUCCUUGUCCUGAGCUCCUUUUCCGUCUUCCUUGCGCCCAUCACGGGCGUGCUCAUCGCAGACUAUAUCGUAGUACGGCGGCGGCAUCUCAGGCUGACGCAUCUCUUCACACCAGGCAAUGCCUCGAUCUAUUGGUUCACUUCUGGCUUCAAUUUCCGCGCGUUCGUCGCAUUCGCCUUUGGUUGCGGAUUCCUGAUGCCAGGCUUUGUCAUGGCGGUCAAACCGACUUUCAUGGUCGCUAUCGGCUGGUAUAGACUGUACGAAAUGGCGUGGCCGCUCGGCUUCUCCAUCGCCUUUGUCACGCACGUCACACUCUCAAAAGUCGUGCCUGUUCGCGAUGCAUACGGGGAAGACGACGAGGACGUCUUUGGCACAUUCAGUCCAAUCAUGCGAGACGAAGAGCGCAAGGCGGCAGAAGAGCAGAGGUCGAACAGCGAUCUUUCAGAUGGAUCAGCACACGCGAGCUCGUCACAGAAGGAAGCAGCCCCGCAAGAGUACAUGGGCCCUCAGACAUAG